AUGUCGUUUGUUUUUCUGUCAUUACUGAUUCACUGUGAUGGAGCAGAUGGAUCAUUAGUAGUGGAUCACUUCACAUUUUCCUCAAGUAUAGCAGAUUACAUUCGAUCUGCAUCUCUUGUUAUUAGUCACGCUGGAUCUGGAAGCAUUCUAAAGACACUAAAGCUAGGGAAGCCAUUGAUUGUGGUAGUGAACGAAGAUUUAAUGGACAAUCAUCAGUGUGAAUUAGCUGAGGAGCUACAAGAGAGGAAGCAUUUGUACUGCGCUCGUCCUCGCUCGUCCUCACACGCUUCAUCAAGCCGUGACGAAUAUGGAGUUGGAGUCUCUGGUUCGAUAUACUCCGGGAGAUGGAACUCCUGUUGCCCGGAUUAUCGACAGGUUUCUUGGUUUCCCUGA